CCAAAUGCUUCUUCUCUGUUCUGUUCUUUUUGGGAUAUUCUUUAACUGAAGGUCUUUCCACUUUAAAUUGAUCUCAGAUCAGUCAUGUUUAGAUAUUGAAUCCCAGCCGAUUUGUAUCAGAAUAGGUUAGUUUUGUUUAAAAAAAGUAGACCUCUAUAAAGACAAAUCUUGGGAGCUCUAUCCCUUUAUCUCAGAGUUGAUGAACUCUUGGCGAUAUACAGAUUUCAAUAUAUAUAGUCUCAUGAGAGCUGUAUUGUACAGUAUGUGUGGAACUGCUGAACCCAAACUGCUGUUUUCUUUUGAAUGUCACAAGACAUGUCUACGUAGCUGUCCAACCUGAAUGUUCACAUACCAGACAUUCAUUCUCACACAGUGGUGGGAAAGACAAAAGAUUAUAUAGAACUCCCUGGUCGGUGUGAGCUAUGUGCUAGCAAUGGGGUGUGUUGUGUUUAAAGCUGACUGUUGUGAAUAUUACCUGGUAGGCUAAUUGUGGUCUCUGAUUGCAUAACCUACAACGUGCACAUUUGAGAAAUUUCCUCUCAAGGAUUAGCAGUAAACAUGCCAUAUUCAUGAACGUACGUGCUACGACACAAAUAAAUAGACAUGAGAAGGGAUUAGGGGUGAAGGGACAAACCACCACCACAUUCAUCGCUCCACCUCCCACACCCACCAUCCCCUAAACUCCAUAACCUGAACUCGUAUUGAUAAAAGUUGAUUUAAUCAACUAUCAUCAAUACGAAAUAUAUCAACAAAAAUACAUAGCGUUUAUCCUCGUUUAAUUGUGUGAUAUACUUGUCACUGCCAGCAAACAUUUAAAUGCGUCUGAACGUCACUGAUUUGGGCUAGGCUAGUUAUUGGUCAUUCGAAAUAAGGCCCUCCUCCAAGUCAGGGGCGGCGGCCACGUUGAAGUCAAUGUAAGCUUGCUAACUUUUUGCGGUCUAUCAAGCAGAGACAGCUUUUAAUUGGCGCAAGAAAAUUCGCCCUCCGGUCGCACCAGUGUGCGCCCCAGGCCAAUGGUAUCACUUUUCUUUUUUGUUAUCAUCACAUGAUUGGACAAUUCAGCGAAUCAACCAAAUAGGAUACCUCCCUCAGCAGCAAUCGCGCAACACAACUAGAGAGAAGAGAUAGAUCGUUAACUAGCAGAGAGUUGUUAGCACUUUUCCCCCUUUUCAGUGGAGGAAUUGGACUCCCCAAGCAAUGGUAUACUUAAAAGGAGCAAGUGCCGCCCGCAGCCCCGCAGGGCUCCUCUCGGAGGACCAGUUUAUGUGCUCCAUCUGCCUGGAGGUGUUUGUGGAGCCCGUGUCCACGCCGUGCGGCCACAGCUUCUGCAAGGCCUGCCUGCAGGGCUACUGGGACCACAGCAAGAAGUCCCUGUGCCCCAUGUGCAAGAAGAGCUACUCCAAGCGGCCCGAGCUCAGCGUCAACCGCGUGCUGGCGGAGAUCUCCACCCAGUUUCUGGGGCUGAACGUGGGCGGCGCUGGCGGUGGCGGAGACGGUGUGGACGGAGGGGCCGGGUCGCGGGGGUCCACCCUGAACCUGAGCUCCGGCGCGGGGGCGGGCGGGAGCCUGAGAGACGGGGGCUCGCCGUCGCGAGGAGGAGGAGGCGGGGCCGACACGAACGGGGACUUUGCCCGCGAGGGGGAGGUGCCGUGCGACGCCUGCAUCGGGAGGAAGGUGAAGGCGCUGAAGUCGUGUCUGAACUGCCCCGGCUCGUACUGCGAGACCCACCUGCGCCACCACAAGAAGGUGAAGUCCAUGUCCUCCCACCGUCUGGUGGAUCCCACCUUCCACCUGGAGGAGAAGAUCUGCAAGAAGCACCAGCGACUGACGGAGCUGUACUGCCGCACCGACAACGCCUGCAUCUGUCCCGCCUGCGCCGACACCGUCCACAAGGCCCACGAGGUGGUGUCCGCCGACCGCGAGUUCAAGAAGCAAAUGGCUAACUUGUCAAAGAGAAGGUCAGAGGUCAAACAUCUAAUCAAAGAGAGGACAAAGAAACUGGAAGACAUCAAGCAGUCCAUCAGGGUCAUCAAGGCCAACGCGCAGAAGGAGCUGGAGGAGAGCUGGCAGGUGUACGCCGAGCUCCAGCGGCUGGUGGAGCAGAGCCAGGCGGAGCUGGUGGAGCUCAUCGCGUCCCGGCAGCGGGAGGCGGAGCGCCACGCCCAGGAGCUGGCCCGCGGCCUGGAGAACGAGCUGAGUGUGCUCAGGAGGAGCAGCAGCGAGCUGGAGGCCUUCGCCCACACCCAGGACCGGAUCGUCUUCCUCCAGAGCGCCGCCGGGCUGCCGCCGCCGCUGGAGCCUCUGGACUGGUCGACGGUCAGCGUGAGCACGGACCUGUACCUGGGCACCGUGCGCUCCUCGGUCGGCGGGCUGGUCGACAAGUUCCAGGUGGAGCUCCAGAGGCUGUACGGGAAAGAGCUCAGGAAGCUGCAGAACUACGCAAGCGAGGUGAUCCUGGACCCGGGCACCGCCCAGAAGAGCCUCGUGCUCUCCGAGGACGGCCGGCAGGUGCGCUACGACGAGAGGAAGUCGUCGCAGACGGAGAGCUCCCGGCGCUUCAACCCGGCGCUCUUCGUGCUGGCCCGCGAGGGCCUGGCGUCCGGACGCCACUACUGGGAGGUGGAGGUGGGCCGCAAGACGGCGUGGACGCUGGGCGUGGCCCGCGGCUCGGCCCGACGCAAGGGCGACAUCAACCUCAGCCCCGAGGGCGGCUUCUGGUGCCUGUGGCUGAAGAACGGCGAGAUCAAGGCGCUGGCGUCCAGCCGCGUGCCGCUGACGGCCGCGUCGCAGCCCGCCAAGGUGGGGGUCUUCCUGGACCACGACGGCGGCCAGGUGUCCUUCUACGACGCCAAGAGCCGCCUGCACCUCUACACCUUCGUGGACACCUUCAGCGAGAGCCUCUACCCCAUCUUCAGCCCCUGCCUGGUCCAUGAGGGCAAGAACGCGGCCCCCCUUGUGAUCGGCCAGAUCAAAGUGUGUGUGUGUUUCUGCGAGAGAGAGAUACUGAGUGAGUGUUUUUGUGCGUGUGUAUUAGUGUCUACGUGCUUGUGCGUGUUUGUGUGCGUGUGUUUGUGUGUGUCAGUAUGUGUCUGUGUGCCAGCAGUGUCGUGUGUCAGUGUCCAGCAGAGAACUUGCAGCAGCUGCUCCCAGCAGGUCUCCAUGCCGCGGCCUCCCCCCCAGGUGGCUAACUUGCUGCUGAAUAUGACCCUGCCUCUCCGCUGCGCAGGAAUGGCCGCCAACGCCACCUCCAACAACGGCAACACGAACGCCGGCAACCUGUCGGAGGAGCAGGUGCACUGCUCCAUCUGCCUGGACGUCUUCACCAACCCCGUGUCCAUCCCCUGCGGACACAACUUCUGCCAGAGCUGCAUCCUGGGCUACUGGAGGACCGGCCCGCCGUCGUACCAGUGUCCCAUGUGCAAGAAGAGCUUCGCCAAGCGGCCCGACGUCAGCGUCAACACCGUGCUCCGCGAGAUCGCCCAGCAGUUCAAGGAGAUCCGCGUGAGCAGCGCCGAGAAGAGGAGGUGCGAGGAGCGGCGGCAGCAGGAGGAGGAGGAGGAGAAGAGGUGGGGAGCGGAGAGGAGGAACGAGGGCGAGGACGAGGAGCAGCUCCUGCAGGAGGACAAGCGGGAGCAGCUCCUGGUGGAGCUGAAGGAGAGACAGGCGGAGGAGCGGAGGAGGCGCGAGGAGAAGGGGAAGAAGCCCCGCGCGGGGCUCCAGGACGAGCUGCCGCCCCUGGUCCCGCCCUCCUCCUCCUCCCCCCCCCCCUCCGGCCUGAAACCCUCCCCCUCUCCGCCGCCCCCGCCGGGGGUCGAAGGGGCGUCCGUCCCCCGGACCACGCCCGAACGCCCCCCGCGGCCGGCGCACUCCAGGACCUCCUCGACCCCGCCCUCUCCCAGAACCCCGGCUCCUCCUCCGACCCCGCCGACCCCGCCCAGCCCCGUCUUCGCGCCCUGGGCGGCGGAGGAGGUGCUCUGCGACGUGUGCCUCGGCGAGGACCGCCCCGCGGCCGAGAAGUCGUGCCUGGUGUGUCUGACGUCGUACUGCGGCGAGCACCUGCGCUCCCACACGGCGCGCUUCACCAAGCACAAGCUGAUCCAGCCCGUGGCCAACAUGGCGGCGCGCAUGUGCCCCAAGCACGAGCGCCUCCUGGAGCUCUUCUGCAAGAAGGAGCAGACGUGCGUGUGCGUGCUGUGCACCGAGACGGACCACCGGUCGCAUUACACCGUGCCCGUCGAGCGCGAGUGGAUGGACAAAAAGGCACAGCUGAAGAGGGUGGAGUUGGAUGUGCAACAGAUGAUCAGCGAGAGGCAGCAGAAAGUGGAGGAGAUCAAGAAAUCGGUUGACCACUAUAAAGCAAGCGCGGCGCGGGAGGUGGAGGAGUGCGGGGCGGUGUUCGCGGAGCUGGUGCGUGUGAUCCAGCGGGCGCAGGCGGAGAUGGUGCGGAGCGUGGAGGAGGGGCGGGGCCAGGCUGAGCGGCGGGCCCAGGGCCUGGUGGCCGCCCUGGAGCAGGAGAUCGCAGAGCUCCAGCGCCGCAACACGGACCUGGAGAGCCUGGGCCGCACCGACCACAUCCACUUCCUGCAGAGUUUCCCAGCAUUCAGUGCGUCUCCGAUUGUGAAGGACUGGUCUGGAACCAGUGUUCCCACGGAUACCAGCAUCGGAGCCAUCCGCAGGGCGGUUGCUAAGCUACAGAGCGUGCUCGACGCAGAGAUAGACAAGCUGGCAGACGGCGAGAUCAAGAAGCUGGGGAAAUACACAGCCGACCUGACCCUCGACCCCGACACGGCCAACCCCUGGCUGCAGCUGUCCCAGGACCGGCGGCAGGUGCGCCACCUGGGGGCGUGGCAGGACCUGCCCGACACCCCCCACCGCUUUGACACGGUGGUCAUCGUGCUGGGCCGCGAGGGCUUCGCCGCCGGGCGCCACUACUGGGAGGUGGCGGUGGGCGAGAAGGACGACUGGUACCUGGGCGUGGCCCGCUCCUCCGUCAAGAGGAAGGGCCGCAUCGCCGUCAGCGUCGCCCAGGGUUACUGGGCGCUGGCCAUGAAGAAGGGCCAGGAGUACCGCGUGUCCACGGCCCCGCCCUCCCUGGUGACCCUUGACCCCCGGCCGAAGCGCGUGGGCGUGUACGUGGACUGCGAGGAGGGCCAGGUGUCCUUCUACGACGCUAAGGCCCGCAAGCACAUUUACACCUUCUGGGAUACGCUCGGAGAGAAGGUGUUCCCCUUCUUCUACCUGUACUGCUGCGACAAGGCCUCCGACACCAUGGUGAUCUGCCCGGCCGGCCACAAGGCAGCGCUCAAACACACCUGAGGUACCAGGAGCCCAUCCAGUUCUGCCCGGGGCCGGGAAGAACUGGAUGGGAAGAUAAAGAUUUUACGUUGCUUAAUGUGUUGUUUUUAAAAUAUACUUGAAAGAAUGUUUCUGAUCUUAUUCAAUUGUGUAAAGUUGUGAUGGUGUGUGACUGAAUGUAUCCAUCUUAUUUUAUUGACUAUUUCCUGCAAAACUACUUAAAACUUUAAAGCCGAAUGUUGGGGCAAAAACGAUUAUUCAAAAUGUAAACGUUUUUAUUUUUUUCUUUCUUUAUAGUUUCAUACUAAUUCAGGCAUACCAAAACCGAUUACAUUUUCUUCUAUUUUAGUAUUUCAACUUAAACUUAAAUUUUAGGGCAUAUUUUGGACUAUUAUAUUUCAAAAUGUUGACCGUGAUAAGUAAUUUCAAACAAUAAAUCUCACUGAAGGGAGGUCAUUGUCAUUUUGGAAACCUCUCUUUUAGAUUUCUAUUCUCAAACUGGAUGUCCACAUUAGCAACUGUCUGUGGUGUGAUCUGAGAUCAAAUCAAAAUAAACUACAGAAAGACCUUCUAGUCUUUCUGCCCUGUGGCAGCAGCAGAUGUUCCUGUAACCUAUCAUACUUUCAGAGACAAACAAAGUGAUGUUAUCUUAUUUCAUAAUCAUAUGGGUUGCUUCUCCCUCCUGUCUCUUUACAAGUUAUAUAGAAACAUCAAUUUCAAGAUGAGGGACUAGAGUAGUUAAGGAAAAUGUGUUCUCCUUUCAAUAAAGA